ACUGCUUACUCAAAAACUAGCUCGUGCGGAUGUUCUUUGCUCGACACACGUGUUUAACGGCUUCGACGAGUUGCGAUCUCGUGGUGAAAAACUAUGGAAGAAACAAACGUUACAAGGCGUAGUGAAAGACAAAGCAAAGUUGUCCCCAUGGACGAUGUAGAAGAAGCAGUCGAUGUAAAAACUGAAGGACAGACUAAGACUGUCUCUACAAGCGAACCCAUGGUUGGUACGGAGGUGGACGCUCCCAAAGACGAACAAGGAAAGGGGAAACGGAAGGCACCCUCUUCUGGUGAGACCACCCCAUCAAAGAAAACAAAGCUCAUGAACGAUGGAUACUGUCUUUAUGUAGGCAACCUGAACACCACCAAAACAUUUGAGGAAGUGAAAGAUUCACUGGAAACUUACUUCAAGACACAAAGUCUCCCAGUUCAAGACAUCAGAUUGGGCCGGUCCAAAAAACAUGCAUUUGUAGAUUUGGCUUCAGAGAUGGACUUGACCAAAGGUCUGGCGUUAAAUGGACAAAUGAUGCACGAUAAGCCGAUGAAGAUCGCCAAAGCGAAGGUCAAGUGCAUGGAGAAGGUGCCGGUGAAAGCUCCAGCAAGGGAAGAAAAUGGCAAAGAUGACAAAUCCUUGAUUCUGAAGAACGUCCCGUUCAAAGCAACAAAAGAAGAUAUUCUGAAAAUCUUCUGCCAGGCCGUCGAUGUUCAAUUUCCGGGUGGAACGGAAGGCCCAACGACGGGCAUUGCCUUUCUGGAGUUUAAAGAUAAAACUAUUGCUCAGAAAGUUCAGCAACAAAAACAGAAAAUGAUGAUUCAAGGCAGAGUUUUGAUGGUGGACUGUGUUGUAAAGGCAAAUCGGAAAGGCAAAGCUAAUGAAGACGCUGAAGCUGCAGCUGCUCCAAACAACACCUUGUUUAUGAGCAAUUUGCCACUCAAUAUAAAAGAAGUCUACCUCAAGAAAUUAUUUGAGACUGCUGUUAGUGUCACCAUACCUCAGUGCAACGGCAUAUCAAAGGGGUUUGCGUUUGUCGACUUUGCGUCUGUGACAGAUGCGGCAGAGGCCUUGCAGUCAUCCCAAAACCUGAAAAUGUUCAAACAUAUUAUCAGAGUACAAUUCAGCCAAAUGCAAGCCGAUUCCGAGGAGACAUUCCAAUCCAAAACACUGAUUGUGAUGGGCCUUACUGAGAAUACCACAGCAGAGACUCUUAAAGGUGCCUUUGAAGGGUCUCUCGGUGCAAGAGUCACUCUGGAUAAAAAUACUGGAGUUUCAAAAAGGUUUGGCUUUGUGGACUUUGAGAGUGAAGAAGCCUGCAAAGCUGCCAAAGUAGCCAUGGAGGACUGUGUGAUAGAUGGCAGCAAAGUGACGGUGGCUUAUGCAAAAGCCCCGUGUGCAGAAGCUCCCCUGACUCCUGGUGGACAGCCUGCAGUGCAGGCGGCUGCUGUAAAAGCUCCCCUGACUCCUGAUGGGGGCAAGAAAAAAGGCAAGAAAGGUGGAGCUGGCAAACCACAGGAGGCUGAAGUGGAGAAGAACGGCAUACUUGCUUGAGAAAACCUCUAACGUCAAAUCUUGGGGGAAAUUAUAGAGAUAUUUCUCAAAUGUACAACAAUCUGAAAGCAAGGUUGAAUUAGCAUGUUGGUGAAAAUGUGCACCGUAUCGUUAGUCUUAGCUGUUGACAAGAACCAUGAAAUAUUGGUAUUUAGGCUGUCAUCUGUAUUUUAAAUCUUUAAUCGUCAUUACUAUUUUUGAAAACAUGGAAGAUAUCUUAUCACAUUAAGUAGUUUUGUCAUGUAAAACGUUGAUAAAGAUGUACUCCCAAUGUGAAGACGAACACAUUUUAAAACCACACCUGCUGUGUCUGAGUUUUGUUGUAACAUCUGUAAUAAAGACCCAGAAGGACUGAA